UUUAUUUAUUUACCUUCCUAGCUACAAUUGUUGCAGAUUGGCACGUCGGCCGGCCCAACACCACCACUGCGCGUCAGUUGCGGCCGCUGCAACCACCGUGAUGCUCCGCCACGCGCGGCGGCGCCCAGGCUACGGCCUCCAUCUCUGCGCUGCCGCCUCAGCACUCAUUCUUAUUCUCUUCUCUCUCUCUGUACUCCAUAGUCGCCUCUCCUCCUCCCCUUCUUUUCCCCUCCGCCUCGGCCUCCCUUCCGUCCUUCCCCGCCGCACCCAUGUUGACCCAGUUCCUGAUCAUGACACUGCCCUCUUCGAAGACGAAGACAUCGAUCCUCUCAAUGAGACCGACCCAGGAGAGGACAGGAUUGAUGAGCUUGACGUCGUCGAGGAGGAAGUGGAACGUGGUGGAAGCGCCCAGGUGGAGGAGGAGGACUCCGAUGAGCAAGAUACCGACGAGACUUCAGUCCAGGAUAUUCCCAGAUCAGGCCUGUUCUGGGACCAUGGCCUCGGCGUCGCCCGCAGGCGAUUUGGCCCAGCGGAUCAGGACUGGCAGCGCAAACGCUUUCCCUCGUCUUACGGUGCCUGCCCCUUUAGGAGCAAGAUCUCGUUCGCGUCGGAUGAUCAGCCGGUGGAUGAGGACAUGCGGAUCAAGCUCGACUCCAUCCGGAAGGUCGAGGACGCUCUACUGCUAAAAACGGGCUCCGGCGAGUCACCUCUGCGGGAUGGGUGGGCCCGUUGGUUGGAGGGGAAGGGGAAUUUCCUCCGACGGGAGCGGAUGCUCCGAUCUAAUCUCGAACUCUUGAACCCCAGGAACCAUCCUUUGCUUCAGGAUCCAGACGGCCCCGGAUUAACGACCCUCACUCAAGGCGAUCGGUUGAUUCAAAGGACGCUGUUGAGGGAGAUGGAGAGAACGCCACUAACUUUGCGCAAGGGUGAUGAUGCUAAAAGGUCCGAGAGGAGAAGAACACUAGUAGUGGAGAAGCAAGAGGAGAUAUCAAAUGGGCACCUGCAGAAGCAUACCCAAGAGGGUCGAAUGCACACUCAUGAUCGGCGAUGGGGCUAUUUUCCUGGUUUGGAUCCCCAUCUAACAUUUUCGGAGUUUAUGGAGCAAUUUCUGGGCAGUGGACAAUGCGGCAUAACAGUAUUCAUGGUGUGGAACAGUCCACAAUGGACUUAUGGUCCCCGGCAUCGCCUGGGCCUUGAGAGUCUUCUUCAUCAUCAUUGGGACGCUUGCGUUGUUGUGUUCUCUGAGACAAUGGAGCUGGGCUUCUUCAGGGACCUAGUCAAGGAGGGGUAUAGAGUUGCUGUUGCAAUGCCAAAUCUUGAGGAACUUCUAGAGGACACUGAAGCACGAGUUUUUUCAUCUGCAUUCUUUGAUUGGAGGAAGACGAAGUAUUAUUCUGUUCAUUAUAGUGAGUUAGUGCGUCUUGCUGUUCUAUUCAAGUACGGUGGCAUAUACCUUGAUUCAGAUAUUGUAGUUCUAAAGCCUCUGCACCUGCUUAAGAACCUGGUAUCAAUCGAGUCUAACACAUCUGGCAGUACAGUCUUCAAUGGUGCAGUCAUGGCAUUUGAGAAGAACAGUUCAUUGAUGCUGGAGUGCCUUAAAGAACUAGUUGCAACAUAUCAUGGCAACCUUUUAAGGUGGAAUGGGGCUGAGCUUAUGACACGAGUAAUAAACAGGGUCUCUGACAAGACUGAUAAGUUUGAUAUGCAGAUGGAACCUCAAUUUAUCUUUCAUCCUAUCAGUUCGACAAAUAUCACAAGGUAUUUUGCAGAGCCUUCUGGUGAGUUUGAAAGAGUUGAAGAAGAUGCUCUUUUGAACAAGAUUGUGAAUGAAUCAACCACAUUCCAUUUCUGGAAUGGCUUAACAUUUGCGCUGGUUCCUAAGCCUAACAGUCUCGUGGAACGGCUUCUCAAUCAAUAUUCCCUUCAUUGUCACGGGUGCUGAAAACAAAAAUCAAGGGGGCAUUAUCAGAAUAAAAAAGCAGCUGCUUUAGGCGAAAUUGGUACCUUCUGAGGGACAUCAUCUUUGGUGAAUCAAUUUACUGCGCUUGGCUGCUGUUGCAAGAAAGUCAUUUAUUUAAGAGACAAGCUUUAUACAGGAUUUAGAGAUAAGUGACUCUUUAAUGUUGUUGGUAACAAAGUGCUAUGGCCUAUUCCCGAGAUAAUAAAGAAUUGCGGAUAUAAUUUUGUUUU